UUCAGCCACACUUAAAAAUAUAUGAAUGUCUUUGCCACUCAAACCAACUGCCAGAGCUUUUCUCUUGCUUGUCUUAGCCGUUUUUGCAUUUACUUUUAACCAACUGGUCCCAGGGUAAUUUGUUGUGAAUGUAUGAAGUCAGUUCCUCUCAAGUUCACACAGGUGUCCUAGUAGAGUAAACACAGGUUUAGUCCAUCACAUUAAAAUUGAACAUGUUCCACUAAUGUUUGACAACCAGAAGUUGUCCAAAUACAUUUAGUCUUGCUUUGUGAUUGUUUAACCAUUUAAAUAAUUUAAUAUUUUUGUGAAAUGCUUUGCUUGAAGAGUGCACUUGCACUGCGCUAUCUCUCCACAGUAAAUUCCACUUGGUUUGAUAUUUUAAUAUGCAAAUUACACUUGGUGUUCAAAUAUUUUUGUGGCCACUAUAUGUUUACCUUAAACUAUAAAUGAAUGAUUAUCCUAAAUGUAAGAUAAUAUUUGAGGAAACUGGCUGUGUUGAACAGGGUUAGUCUGUCUAGUAACCUGAUAGUUGUGCCCCCUCCAUUCCUCUCCCCAAAAUAACUUUACACUCGGCCCACUAAUUCUUCAUCUGGUACAGACACAUUCACACACUAGACAAGACUGUGGAACAGAAGACUGGUCAGAGAGACUGAGGUCACACCUCAAUGCUGUGAGACGUUCCACACCAUGCCUUCUCUGGCUCAAUAAUAGUUUGGUACAGGCCACACAAGUGAAGGCAGACACAAUUUAUGGAGACCGGAAGAAUCAUACUAUUAGUCAAACUAAUAGUUAAAGUGUACUGACCUUCACAGGAAUACUCUCACUAACAGUUUGUUUUGGACCAAGUCUAUUUAAUAGGUAAGACAUUUAGUCAAACCUUGACAUCAAUCCACACAGAACUGAUGGGUUCACCUCUUCUGUACUACUCUUACCAGUCAGUAUGAUGUCAGACGAGUACCUGGUGGAGUGUAAGAUUGAUGACGAUGAUGAUGAUUAUGAGGUGAAACAUAUCCACCCAUCUCUACCUCCUCCUCCACAGUUCACCUCCAGCCCCUCCAUCACUCCCCAGCCCUCGCUCACUCACGUUGACAUCAGGGAUCCUUGUGGUAUCAACAAACACUUAAAGGUAGAGUUCAGUGACGUUUUGGCAGAGCCUGCCUCCACACAUAGCUAUGACCGUGUGUGGGUGUACAGUGGUAUUGCCUUUGAGUCAAUGCGGCUGUGGGGCUACCGCUGUCUGACAGCGCUGUGUGCUGUUCCUGUCUCUUGCCUCUGUGGCUGUCUUUUUGCCCUGCUGGCCUGUAUGCACAUAUGGUGUGUUAUGCCUUGUAUUCAGGUGUGUCACACCUGCUUGCCCUGUGUAAGGUCACUGUGGAUGAGUGUCGUCAAUAUCUUCAUCGCUCCAUUCUGUACGUCUGUGGCCCGCUGCUGCAGUGAUAUAUAUGUGCUGUUCUCAAAAGACUGAGGAAGAACAAAAAGAAAGAACUUGAGGAAGCUAGUCAUAAGCUUUUCUCACAGCUGAAGUCCCCUGUAGGGACUUUCUGCCUUGGUCCUAAAAAGUCUGUGAACCAAAGGAAGCUGUGUUCUGGUAACUAGAAGACAUCCAAACAAGAGGAUUGAACAAGAGAUUACUUAUUAUUGAUUUGACUAGAUUUGAAAUUUUAUGUUGAAUGUUGAAUCAUCUUAUUAUAUGACCCAAAUACAUUGACAAACAUUUUAUGCCAGAAAAGUGUACUAUUCUUUCACAAUGUUCAAGAGCUCAAAAGUUAAUUUAUGACAUAAACAAAAUAAUACUGAUAAUAUUAAUUAAAGGUCUUUGUAAUUAGAUUAAAUAAAUGAGAAAUUACAAGAUUAAAGUAGUAAUAUUUUGAAACGUUUUUACCAGAAUUACGAGAAUAAAGUUGUAGCAUUACCACUAGCAUGCAUUAUGAGAUUAAAGUCAUAAUAUUUUGAAAAAAUCAUAAGGCUAAUGCUUAGGUAAAUGCAACGACUUUAUUCUAAUAAUAUUACAACUUUAUUCUCAUUAUUUUAACUCUAUUCUCAAAAUAUACUAGUUAAAUCUCAUAAUGUUAUGACUUUAUUCUCAACUUUAUAACUUUAUUUCACACCUGACAUAAACAAAAUAAUACUAAUAAUAUUAAUUAAAAGAUUAUUUGUUUGUAAUGUUUGAUAUGAGAAAAUGUACUAUCAUGUACUAUCUAUGAAAUAUUUUUUUCUGUUUUGAUGGUUAGUGUCAUACUGUGAUUUGCUAUGGAUGUUAUGAUCUGUGUUUGAUUAAAGCAACCACCUGCAGCAUUUAAAGUAU